GCUCGACUUGUUUCUCAGUUUUUUACCCAAAAUCUCCCGCUGAUCGCUUCUGCAUCUUUCUUCUCAUGGUUUGGCACGACGCAUCUCGAUUCGGGUGACCUUAAUCCUGAGCCGACCGAUUGAGUUUUUUCCGGCCGGUCAUCGAGGGAUUAACAAGAGCGGGCGGGAAUAAACAGCAUCUGAUCAAUUCUCGUUGAUCUGAUCAAUUCUCGUUGAUCAACAACAAGAACUCAAUGUGUAAUUCGGGUAUUUUCUUAUUGCACAGAUACUGAGAUACUGUUUGGGAUAUUUUUUUUUUUGGUAAAAGAUACUGUUUGGGAUUUCAAAGUAUCGAGGGAAAAAAGAAAAAGAUGUAGAAAAAAGGGAUGUAUGUGACCUUUGCCAUGACAGGUGCGCUUGCUUGGCAGGUCAAAAACCCUUAAAUAAAAAGAUACAGUUUUUGGUUCUGUGGAGGGAUGGGAGAUGGCACGGGAUUGGUUAUUAUUCUUUAUUUGCCCGGCUCUCCCUCCCUCAGGGCUGUGUGCCUGUGUCUCUCUCGUUUUUUUUUUUUUUUUUAUUGCUCUUUCAUAUGCUUCUUGCAUACCACAAAGAGGAUCACAAACCCAAUUCUGAGGCAUCACUUGUGCCCCUCUAAUAUGCAUCUUGCAUAUGAACCCAUCAGUGCAAAUCAGGAAGAGAACCACUGACCGAAUAUUGAGCUAUCACUUGUGCUUUUCAUUAUGCUUCUUGCAUGUGCUACCAUCUAAGGGAAUCACAAACCUGACAAUGAGCUUCUAAUGACCAAAACAAAGGUAAUUGCCUGUUAAUUAUUUUAAUUACACACGACCGAAUAAAAUUUGCUAAUCUUAGUUCAUUGAUUCUGAAUUAAAUGGGCUUUACUUUGCGUUCUCCAGCUACUUAAUUGCAUAUGUACUCGUAACUCUCGUAGUUAAUAAGUAUGCAGUAUACUACUUUGAUUUCCUAUUUAUUUAUUGAAAUAUGGAAUGUGUAUUUUCAUACCAUCUUCUGGAGUUUGGAUUGGCUUUUCUUUUGGUAUGAGCCUAUGUUAAUAAAAGCCUGUAUGUAUAGACAUUAAUGAUCCCUAGUGUUUGCUCAAGUAAUUUUUUUUUUUCUUCUGAUGCGUCUGUGGUGUGUGGUAAUACUUAUUGCAAGCUUUGCUGGUUGUCGGUUUUUAUCCUCGAGAUAUUUAAUGGAUGUGUUCCAAGAAUGGUGCUUCAAACGUUGUGUUACUAAAGAAAACUUCAAAGAAUCUUCUCCUAUCUAUCAAUGUGUCGAGGAAAUAGCCUCCUUCCAAGUAGUAAUGGAAUCUGAAUGUAAUAAGGCUGAAGAGUUGUAAAGAGGUACUUAGUGACCAUCUAAACUAAGCAAGCCCUCAUCUGUAUAUAUUCUUUUGAAUACACACGAGAAAGUAGGAAAGUGGAUCCAUCAGGCUCAAAUGGAGAACAACAAUCUGCAAGAAAGUUGGACUGCUUAAGGUGAUUCUCUUAACAACAGAGAUCUAAGUAAAGAUUGUAGACUUGAUUGUCUAGAUCUUGGAAAAUAAGGUGUUUUGUGUAGUACUUGUGGAGUAUAAUGAUGGCUCCUCAAAGUGGAAAAGCCUUAAAAGCUGUAAAAUUAUAGAGAUGAAAAGCCUUGUACGGUUGUGUUCAACAUGUAGAAAGAUCGCGUUAACUCUCUUAAAGAAUUUGAGUAAUUAUUCAAAGGCACAGAAAAGCCAAAAAAUCGUAA